AUGACGUCGCCAGCAGCACAACCCCGCUCCGCGCCGGUAGCAGAUGAUGAUCUCGACGACCUGUUCAACUAUGACGCGUCCAUGGACGACAUCUUCAACGAGGUGGAUUCCAACUCCAACCGACCCAGCGACGAUCGCGCAGGAAAAGCGAGCAAGCAGAACACGGAAACCCUGGGCAUCGACGAGGAAGUCACGGUCGCAAAGAAAAGGCAGCCGAUUGCGAAACUCGACGAAGCCCGCCUUCUUUCUGGAGCCGGAAUUCCGAGAUUGCGCAGGAUCUCCAAGGAAAAACUCAGGUUCAAAGGCAAAGGCCACGAGUUUUCGGAUGUUGCGCGUCUCCUGAAUAUGUACCAGCUGUGGCUCGACGACCUUUACCCGAGGGCGAAGUUUGCGGACGGACUGGCCAUCAUUGAGAAACUCGGACAUAAGAAGCGGAUGCAAAUUAUGCGGAGGGAAUGGAUCAACGAGGGAAACCCCAAGCGAUCGGGGGAGGUGGGGACUGAGCUUCAAGGAGAACGGGAGGCUGAAAACACGACAAAGACAGCGGGCACGACCCAGGAUGGCGAGCAUCAGGAGAGAGAGCCGCGGAGUGACGGUGAGCAACAUCAGCCGAUGGAAGCACAAACCACACACACGGAUGCAGCGCCAAGCCGGUUCGAUGGGGAACCUGACGACGAUGAGUUGGAUGCCCUGCUGAUGGCCGACAUGCCUGCACCUACGGGGUUGCAUGCGCCUUCGAGUCAGACGGCCGAUGAACCCGCUGAAGACGAGCUGGAUGCUCUGCUUGCUGAAGAAAUGAACGGAGCGCCGGGAAGCGCACCCACGGGCGGAUCAAGACCGGGACCAGCAUCAGGUUAUCGCAAAUCACCUCGGGAGGCAAACCAGGAUGAUGAGUUCGCAGAUGAGAUGGAGGCCAUGGAGGGGCUGGAGGAUUGGUAG